AUGGAGCUUGAAGAUCCUGAAUACAUUAGCUUGAGGCCGUACUCCUUCACCCUCCCGACCCCGUUCCAGUCAACUUGUCGGGGAGGGCCGGUAGAUGCGAUACGAGCAGCGAUUGGCUCGAAAGCUCCUACGCCGGCAUUUCUUCAUCAUGGCCUUGUUGCGGCUCUGAACGGCGGUAAUGUCGAGGCCACGCGCUACCUGCUAGACAUUGGUGCGCCAAUCGCUCGUCUCGUUGUUCACAAUGUCCUUGCGGCGCCAUCUGAUCGCCAGGCGCCCCUUCUUGAUCUUUUGGCAGACCAUGGCUGGAGUCCCAACUCCCCGUACUACCAAGGGGCUGUCAUGCUCCCCAGAGUUGUCACGAAUAUCAGCGUCCUCAGAUGGCUUCUAGAUCAUGGAGUAAACCCCAAUCACAGUGGUCAGUACAAUCAUCUGACCGGGACCGGUGAGCCUGAGUCGAAUUCAUGCGCCGCGCUCGAGGCAGCUGCCGCACGAGGGACGGCAGAGGCAGUCAAGAUGCUGUUGGAAGCAGGCGCUGAAAUCGACAACGGCACACCGCUACACUUUGCAGCGGGAGUGUCUCCGCCUGGAGCAAACCCUCACGCCGGCCGAGUUACACCAACCAAUGAAUUUGAUAUAGGCAGAAUACCAGUGAUGAGCCUACUCGUCGAGCGAGGCGCCAAGGUGAACCAAAGAGCCGAAACUCGCCACAUGGUACCACGGUAUCCCAUUGUGCACGCCGUGAUGGCAGGGGCGAUUGAGCGAGUGAGAUGGCUACUGCAACAUGGGGCUGAUCCGCAUCUGAAGGGGAACUUUGGGAGUGCGAUGGAACAUGCGAAACAUGGAAGCGAGGAAAUGAGAAAGGUCCUCAAGGAGGGUGAUGCAACAGUACAAAAUGUUGAUGAUGAAGACAACGGAGAGGGAGAGACUCAAGGAGGAGAAACUAAGUAG